CCCUUCUCGUUAGAAAUCGGACAACACAUACAUCAUGUUCUCCAAGGUUGUUGUCGUGGACGGGCGUGGCCACCUGCUUGGCCGGCUCGCGUCUGUCAUUGCCAAGCAGCUGCUUAACGGCCAGAAGGUCGUCGUCGUCCGCUGUGAGGAGAUCGAGGUCACUGGCGUCUUUGUCCGCAACAAGUGCAAGUUCCUCCGCUACCUUCGCAAGCGCAUGAACACCAACCCGAAGCGCGGCCACGUGCACUUCCGUGCCCCGUCGAAGAUGCUCUACCGCGUCGUCCGUGGUAUGCUCCCGCACAAGCUCCCGCGUGGUGCUGCCGCCCUCGGCCGCUUCAAGGUCUUCGACGGUGUCCCGCCGCCGUACGACCGCAUGAAGACCAUGGUCGUCCCGGAGGCCCUCCGCGUGACCCGCCUGACUCCGGGCCGCAAGACCACCGUGCUCAAGCGCCUCGCGUCGGAGGUCGGCUGGAAGUACGCCGAUGUCGUCGACCGCCUCGAGGACAAGCGCCGUGCCCGCGCUGCCACCUACUACGCUGCCAAGAAGGCCGCCACCAAGAAGAUUGCUGCCGCCCAGAACCCGUCGGCCGCGCUCCAGGGUGAGCUUGCCGAGCUCUACACCGCCACCAACCUGUAAAGGACAAAUCAAAACCAA